AUGGAAACAGACCUUCUGUCCUUUUUGAUCACCGUCACUUACCGCUGUCAGCUGGUUGAACUGCGUGGAGCAGCCACAAUUCUCGAUGUGACAUACACCGCUCGUCCGGUACCGCAAUUGGAGGAGACGUGGGCUCAGAGUAUCGCUGAUUUGCAGACAGAAUUGCGUCAAUGUCACCGUCAGAUUGAGGCGGUUACGGGUCGUUUGGCUCGCCUUGAAAAACAGCGUACUGUGUUGGACACCUUCGCAGAUGGAAUGACUAAAAAAACAGAGGAGGAGGUAUUUGCAGCCGCCUUGCCUCAGCCACCGCCUAUGCCACCGCCACAGCAGGAUAAAAAACACGACAAGCACAGCAAAAAAGCACCGCCAGUACAUGAGGAUACCUUUGCUACGGGUCUGACGAAACGAUCGGUCUCGGAGGUGAGAGUUUUGUGUUGUUAA